CCGCCGGACACGGCGUGGCGUGAGCGUAAAUUGGGCCGAACGGCGUGCCCCAUGCCGCCCCACGGAAUAAAACCAGCCCUUUAAAAUCUCGCCGGUCCCUUUCCUCGCCGGCAAUCCUCCUCCUCCUCCCCCUCCGCGCUCCCCAAUCGCCGCCCCCAAUCCCUUCUCCGCCGCCGCUACCCCCCGGCCAGCCACCAUGAUGCACAUGACCUUCUACUGGGGCACGUCCGCCACGAUCCUCUUCGACGGCUGGCGCACGUCCACGUGGCCCGGCUACCUCCUCUCCCUCGCGGCCCUGCUCCUCGCCGCCGCCUUCUACCAGUACCUCGAGGCGCUCCGGAUCCGCGUCAAGCUCGCCGCGGGAGGGGGCGCCGCCGCCAGCAAGUCGCCCCCCUCCAUCCCGCCGCCCGCCAGCUCCGACCCGUCGCGGGCGCCGCUCCUCGCGCCCGCCCUCGCCGCCGCCGGGCGCUGGCCGGCGCGGGUCGCCGUCGCCGCCAUGUUCGGGGUCAACUCCGGACUGGGUUACCUCCUCAUGCUCGCCGUCAUGUCCUUCAACGGCGGCGUGUUCAUCGCCGUCGUCGUGGGGCUCGCGCUCGGGUACCUCGCCUUCCGCAGCAGCGACGGGGAGGAUCUCGUCGUCGUCGACAACCCCUGCGCCUGCGCGUGAGGGCUGUACGGGACGGGGUCGCCGGCUUGCUCCCCCAGGUUUGCCCUCGUGGUGUUGUUGUAUAACACAAGUAUAUCAUAAUAAAAUCAUGUACAAAUUCAGCUGUGUGAUUGGAGGAUUUGGAGUGUUCAUCUGCUCUGUUUGAGAGAAAUUGUAAA